AUGCAAGACAGUGGCUUGGGAAUGAUGGGUUCUGGCGGAGGUGGAGGUCUGAGUGGCGGCGGCGGCGGUGGUGACGACCAUACUCACCAACUUAAGUCUGAGAUUGCCACACACCCUCUCUACGAACAACUCCUGUCGGCACACGUGUCGUGUCUCCGGGUCGCCACGCCGAUCGAUCAGUUGCCGUUGAUCGAUGCUCAGCUCUCACAGUCACACCAUCUCCUCCGCUCCUACGCCUCGCACCAACAACAGCACGGCCAUUCUUUAUCGCCCCAUGAGCGCCAAGAGCUCGAUAACUUCUUGUCGCAGUAUUUGAUAGUGUUGUGCUCGUUCAAAGAACAACUGCAGCAACAUGUGAGAGUUCAUGCCGUCGAGGCGGUCAUGGCCUGCCGUGAGAUUGAAAGCACCUUGCAGGCUCUUACUGGAGUGAGUCUGGGUGAAGGAACAGGUGCAACAAUGUCAGAUGAUGAAGAUGACAUGCCAAUGGAUUUCUCUAUGGAUCAAGCUGGCUCUGAUGCCCACGACAUGAUGGGAUUUGGACUCCCUACUGAAUCGGAAAGAUCUCUCAUGGAAAGAGUUCGUCAGGAAUUGAAGAUUGAGCUUAAGCAGGGUUUUAAGUCGAGAAUUGAGGAUGUAAGGGAGGAAAUCUUAAGAAAAAGAAGGGCAGGGAAAUUACCUGGAGACACAACUACAGUGCUGAAGAAUUGGUGGCAGCAACACUCAAAGUGGCCAUAUCCAACUGAAGAUGACAAGGCAAAACUUGUGGAAGAGACAGGGUUGCAGCUUAAGCAAAUAAACAAUUGGUUCAUCAAUCAAAGGAAGCGCAAUUGGCACAGCAACUCUCAGUCAGUGACUUCUUUGAAGUCGAAGCGCAAAAGAUGAGACAAUUGUUCAAUGGAAGAAGUAAAUGGUGACCUUACUUUUGUGUCUGAUAUAUAUUGCUAUUUUGUGACCUUGGGGUGGGGAGUAAAUAUAAUCUAGCCUAGCCAACACCUGUGAAAGCAUUGAAGAGAUUUAGAUGUUUGAUACAGAAGUAACAAAUGGGCAACAAAUAGCUUAAUUACAUGUGAGGUUGGUAAAUUCAUGUUUUAAAUGUAGUGGUACUCUAUCUCUGUUGUACUAUAUUCAUUUACUUAAUUUUGAGUUUGCUUCCAUCGAUGCUUGCAAAUGUAGACUGGUUAUGAGCUUA